AUGAAAUUAGAAAAAACUUCAAAGGACUUUCCCAGGGGUGGUGUCGAGGCCGCAGGAGACUUAGUGGAGGAAUAUCCUGGAUACGUUGAUCCAAAUGCCUAUGGAGUCAAUGAGAAGCGGCUGAUGGCUAAAAUCGACUUCCGAGUCGUGCCUGUCCUCUGCAUUUUAUAUCUCCUAGCAUUUUUGGACCGUGUUAAUAUAUCCAAUGCCGCCCUAUACGGAUUGAAGGAGGACCUCGGACUGUUGGAAGGGACAAAAUAUAACACGGUCUUGGUUAUCUUCUUCGUUCCCUAUAUUUUAUUCGAAAUCCCGAGUAACAUCAUCCUCAAGAAGUUCAAGCCACACAUGUGGCUCUCGGCUUGUAUGUUGAUGUUUGGUGUUAUGACUAUAAUUAUGGGAUUCACGCAAAAUUAUGGGAGCAUUUUGGCGGUUCGAUUUUUCCUCGGAUUAUUCGAAGCAGGCAUGUUUCCUGGCUGCUUUUAUCUCCUUGCCUGCUGGUACAAACGAACAGAGGCUCAGAAGAGAUACUCUUUCUUCUUCUCUUCUACCACACUCGCUGGUGCCUUCGGUGGGCUCCUCGCCGCGGCAAUUGGCAAGAUGGAUGGUGUUCGAGGAUAUAGAGCCUGGAGAUGGGUUUUCAUCCUUGAGGGCCUCCUCACCGCUGUCGUUGGCCUCAUCUUUUACUUUUGCAUUCCGGACUUCCCUGAGGAAGCCAAAUGGAUUACUGAAGAUGAACGUGCUUUCAUUAAAGCCAAGCUCGAAGCUGAUACCGGAGAGUCUCACCGUCACGGAAAGAUGACGGCAAAGAGUGUUCUCAAAAUUUUAUCUGACUGGAAAAUCCUCAUUGGGGGUGUCAUGUAUCUCGGCUUGAUCGUUCCGGCCUACGGAUAUGCCUAUUUCUCGCCCCAGAUCGUUCGCAAUCUCGGAUAUUCGCCCAUUCAAACCCAACUGCGCUCUGUUCCACCAUGGGCUUGUGCCUUCGGCCUCGCCAUGCUGACUGCCACAUUCUCUGAUUUCAUGCGUCAUCGUUUCUUGUUCACGAUCAUUCCAAUUUGCAUAUCGCUUGCUGGCUUCAUCGUUUUGUUUAAGAUUCAUGGACCUGUCAACAUUAUGACACAAUACUCUGCUUUGUUUUUAUGCGCUAUGGGUACAUACAGCGCUAUGCCUAUCAUUAUUUGUUGGUAUGCCUGCAAUCUAGGCUCUCACGCCAGAAGAGCCGUUGGAACAGGUUGGCAGGUCGGAUUUGGAAAUAUCGGUGGCAUUGUCGCAACCUUUGCCUUCCUUGCCAAAGAAGCCCCACUCUAUCCAACAGGUUAUAAGUUGUGUAUAUCCUUUAUCUGCCUCUCGGCCCUCUCCUGUGCCGUAUAUUUCACGGGGAUUACACUGGAGAACAAGAAGCGGGAUCAAGGAAAACACAAGCUUUCUCACCUCAGCAAAGAGGAACUAUCCGCCAUGGAGCUCGGAGACGACCACCCAGUUUUCCGAUACAUGACUUAA